GAAGCCCCGGCCAGGCCCCAGCAUUGUUCGGGCCUCCACCCCGGCCAGCUAGACACCAUGAAGUCCAGCGGCCCUGUGGAGAGGCUGCUCAGAGCUCUGGGGAGGAGGCACAGCAGCCGGGCCACCAGCAGGCCUAGGAAAGCUGAGCCACACAGCUUCCGGGAGAAGGUUUUCCGGAAGAAGCCACCGGCGUGUGCGGUGUGUAAGGUGACCAUCGAUGGGACAGGCGUCUCCUGCAGAGUCUGCAAGGUGGCAACACACAGAAAAUGUGAAGCAAAGGUGGACAGCGUUUGUCUUGGUGCAGUGCCCAGGCUGCAGCUGCGGAGAAGCACGGCCCCCGUGCGGCGCAUAGAACACCUGGGCUCCACCAAGUCUCUGAACCACUCAAAGCAGCGCAGCACCCUGCCCAGGAGCUUCAGCUUGGACCCACUUAUGGAGCGGCGCUGGGACCUGGACCUCACCUAUGUGACCGAGCGCAUCCUGGCCGCCGCCUUUCCCGCGCAUCCCGACGAGCAGCGACACCGGGGCCACCUGCGUGAGCUGGCUCACGUGCUGCAGUCCAAGCACCGAGACAAGUACCUGCUCUUCAACCUUUCAGAGAAAAGACAUGACCUGACCCGCCUAAACCCCAAGGUCCAGGACUUCGGGUGGCCCGAGCUGCACGCCCCGCCCCUGGACAAGCUGUGCUCCAUCUGCAAAGCCAUGGAGACGUGGCUCAGUGAGGACCCGCAGCACGUGGUGGUGCUGUACUGCAAGGGGAGCAAAGGCAAGUUCGGCGUCAUCAUCUCUGCCUACAUGCACUACAGCAAGAUUUCGGCAGGGGCCGACCAGGCGCUGGCUACUCUGACCAUGCGCAAGUUCUGCGAGGACAAGGUGGCCUCGGAACUGCAGCCUUCCCAGCGCCGAUACGUCAGCUACUUCAGUGGGCUGCUCUCCGGCUCCAUCCGAAUGAACAGCAGUCCUCUCUUCCUGCACUACGUGCUGGUGCCCGUGCUGCCAGCCUUCGAACCUGGCACAGGCUUCCAGCCCUUCCUCAAGAUCUACCAGUCCAUGCAGCUUGUCUUCACAUCCGGAAUCUAUCACACUGCAGGCCCUGGCCCCCAGCAGCUGUGCAUCAGCCUAGAGCCAGCCCUCCUCCUCAAAGGCGACGUCAUGGUGACAUGCUACCACAAGGGGGGCCGGAGGACAGACCGGACCCUCGUAUUCCGAGUCCAGUUCCACACGUGCACCAUCCACGGACCACGGCUCGCCUUCCUCAAGGACCAGCUGGAUGAGGCCUGGACUGAUGAGCGGUUCCCCUUCCAAGCCUCGGUGGAGUUUGUCUUCUCGUCCAGCCCCGAGAAGACCAAAGGCAGCACCCCUCGGAACGACCCCUCCGUCUCUGUCGACUACAACACUGCAGAGCCGGCCGUGCGCUGGGAUUCCUACGAGAACUUCAACCAGCACCACGAGGACAGUGUGGACGGCUCCCUGACACACACUCGGGGCCCCCUGGAUGGCAGUCCUUAUGCCCAGGUGCAGCGUGGCCCCCGCCAGACCCCACCAGCACCUUCUCCAGAGCCACCCCCGCCCCCUAUGCUGUCUGUGAGCAGUGACUCUGGCCAUUCAUCCAUGCUGACCACGGAGCCGGCCGCCGAGUCCCCCGGUCGGCCUCCCCCGACAGCUGCCGAAAGGCAGGAGCUAGAUCGCCUCCUGGGGGGCUGCGGCGUGGCCAGCGGCGGCCGGGGAGCCGGGCGCGAGACGGCCAUCCUAGACGAUGAAGAGCAGCCCCUGACCGGGGCUGGCCCCCACCUCGCCACGUACGCUGGCCAGAGACCUGUUCUCAGCCGCCACUGCUCCUGCCGCCAGGGCUACCGGGAGCCCUGCGGCGUCCCCAACGGAGGCUACUACCGGCCAGAGGGGACUCUGGACAGGCGGCGGCUGGCCUACGGGGGCUACGAGGGCCCCCCCCAGGGCUAUGCUGAAGGCCCGCUGGAGAAGAGGCGCCUCUGUCGGUCACUGUCCGAGGGGCCAUACCCAUACGCGCCCGAGCUGGGGAAGCCAGCCAACGGGGACUUGGGCUGCCGCGCCCCAAGCUACCGGGAGGUGGUCAUCCUGGAGGACCCCGGGCUGCCUGCCAUGUGCUCUUGCCCUGCCUGUGAGGAGAAGCUGGCCCUGCCCACUGCAGCCCUGUAUGGGCUCCGGCUGGAGAGGGAUGCCGGCGAGGGAUGGGCAGGCGAGGUUGGCAAGCCGCUCCUGCACCCGGUGCAACCUGGACACCCUCUGCCCCUGCUGGUGCCUGCCUGUGGGCAUCACCAUGCCGCCAUGCCUGACUACAGCUGCCUGAAGCCACCCAAGGCAGGCGAGGAAGGGCGCGAGGGCUACGCCUAUGCCGUGUGCCCUGAGGGCAGGUACGGGCAUCCGGGGUACCCGACCCUGGUGACGUACAGCUACGGAGGGGCCGUGCCCAGUUACUGCCCAGCAUAUGGCCGGGUGCCUCACAACUGUGGGUCUUCAGGCGAGGGCAGGGGGUACCCCAGCCCUGGGGCCCACUCCCCUCGGGCUGGCUCCAUUUCCCCGGGCAGCCCACCCUACCCGCAACCCAGGAAGCUGAGCUACGAGAUCCCUGCGGAGGAAGGCGGGGACAGGUAUCCCCUGCCCGGCCAUCUGGCCCCAGCAGGACCCUUGGCCUCAGCAGAGUCACCUGAGCCCGCCUCCUGGAGGGAGGGCCCCAGCGGGCACAGCACCCUGCCUCGCUCUCCCCGAGAUGCCCAGUGUGGUGCCUCUUCUGAGCUGUCUGGCCCCUCCACACCCCUGCACACCAGCAGCCCAGUGCAGGGCAAGGAGAGCACCCGGCGACAGGACAGCAGGUCCCCCGCCAUGGCGCCCGCUCAGAGACGGAGCCCUGAUUCCCGGGGAGGCGCUGUGGCCCAGGCCACCUGUCUGCCGUCUGCUUCCCAGGGGGGCGCUGAAAAGGCUUCUGAGCAGCCAGCAAGAAGUGGGCUUGAGCCGCCGGCCCCGACCCCCUUCUCCCAGGCCUCCUCUCCCAGCUCCCCAAACGACUGGCCUCAGGACAGGGGCCCUGGGGGCCACUCAGACAGGGCCAGCCCAAGGGGGCGCGUGCCCACCACGCUACCUGGCCUCCGCCACGCCCCCUGGCAGGGUCUUCGAGACCCCCCGGACAGCCCGGAUGGGUCCCCCCUCACCCCAGUGCCUACCCAGAUGCCCUGGCUCAUGGCCAGCCCAGACCCCCCUCAGAGCUCCCCCACGCCGGCCUUCCCCCUGGCUGCAUCCUACGACAUCAGCGGCCCCACCCAGCCCCCGCUUCCCGAGAAACGCCACGGUGGGGGGCCGCAGCCAGGAGCCUGGGGUCCAGAACAGGCAUCACCGCCCGCCAAAGGCACCAGUCACCACGUCACCUUUGCACCGCUGCUCCGGGACAACAUCCCUGCGCCCCCAGAGCCCCCUACGCAAGAGAGCCAGAGCAACGUCAAGUUUGUCCAGGAUACGUCCAAGUUCUGGUAUAAGCCGCACCUGUCUCGGGACCAAGCCAUUGCCCUGCUGAAGGACAAGGACCCUGGGGCCUUUCUGAUCAGGGACAGCCAUUCAUUCCAAGGAGCCUAUGGGCUGGCCCUCAAGGUGGCGACGCCCCCACCCAGCGCUCAGCCCUGGAAAGGGGACCCCUCGGAACAGCUGGUCCGCCAUUUUCUCAUUGAGACCGGGCCCAAAGGGGUGAAGAUCAAGGGCUGUCCCAGUGAGCCCUACUUUGGCAGCCUGUCGGCCCUGGUCUCCCAGCACUCCAUCUCCCCGCUGUCCCUGCCCUGCUGCCUGCGCAUUCCCAGCAAAGGCCUGGCGUUGCAUGCAGUCCCUGUGGAAGGGAUGCUGAGCCCUUCCCCCCCGCUUUAUGCCCCCAGGAUUUUUGGUUUCGUGGCCAAGAAGCCGGGAAGUCCCUGGGAGAAUGUGUGCCACCUCUUCGCAGAGCUUGACCCAGACCAGCCCGCAGGGGCCAUUGUCACCUUCAUCACUAAAGUUCUGCUGGGCCAAAGGAAAUGAAGGCAGGCCACACGCUGGAGCCACAUCCACACUGCGCCCUCCCAGCACCCCACAGCCUCACUCCCCUGGCCUGGACCCAGGAGGCCUGCAGCCAGCCCGCUCCCUAAGGGAUGGGGAGAGGGCAUCAACCUGGCACGCCGCUCCCUUCCCUGCCCCAGCCUGCUGAGCUAAGUGGACGGGCCCGGGAGAUGACCUCGCACGUGAGCAGAUGGCAGAGAUGGGCACAAGAAGGGUGAGGCGCCGUCCGCAGCCAAGCCCUGGAGCAUCGGGACAGCCCCACCUGCACGGGAACGCCAGCCCUGGGUGGGAGCUGCAGGGCCUAACGUGGUGGGGUGGGGGAGUGGGGCGAGGGGCAAGGCGCUCUUCCUCCGCCUCCCCUCUCAGCGAAAAGACCAGAGUGGAAUCACAUGAAAAAGGGGGGAAAGAGUCUAUUUUUGUCUAAUAAUAAAGAAUCUCUAUAACUUUUAGUCAAGUUGGAACCAUGCCUCAGUCAAGGUCAGUGCCUCCCCUAGGCUUGUCUCCCAUCUUCUUGGGGGCACCCCAGGCCCCUAGCCAGGUCUAUGAAACAGACAUGACCCCA